GUCUGGCAAAGCUUCUCCAGAUGCAUCACUAGGUUUCGAUAAUGAGCAAAGUCUGAUGGAUGUCAUUAAACAACGUACCGUAGCUCUGAGGAAAUUGUCGACUGUAAAUAAUGUUUUGGGGUCGCGGUCGCGGGUGGGCCGGACUAUGGCAGUCAAUCUCAAGGGUGCGGAUCAGCCACUCGGCCAUGCAGUAGGUAGGGACAGGAUUCUAUGGACUCUUCUAAAUAUGCACAUUGUAAUAAACGAUUUGUCGUCGGGCGGUGGGUUUCGGGACGCGAAUACUGUGAAAUCGGCAAAUCGGUGGCCGGAGAGCAAAAGCAAGAUGGCAAGAGAAAACUGCGCAAUUGCGGGAGAUAUAUAUACGAGAGACGCGAGGCAGAUAGGUGGGAGAUGGACACCAAAGCUUCGAGAAAUUAUGGCACAAGACAACAACGUCGGAGAAGGCAAACCGCGACGCGCGAGUCGUAUCGAUCCGACGACGGGAGACGGGGAGGAGAAGUGA